UCAAAAAGUGAGAAGUGAAAACUAAAAAGACCACAACUGCAAAUUCCAAAAAUAUAUUUAAACCCUUCUCUCUCUCUCUCUUCAUUCUCUCUCUUCUGCAAAUCUCACUCUCUCUCUUCUCUCUCUUCUCUUUCUGUGUGCAGAGAAAGUUGGAAAAGGAGGAAGCUUUAACAACAACAAUGGCUGGAUACAGAGCUGAUGAUGAUUAUGAUUAUCUUUUCAAGGUUGUUCUGAUUGGAGAUUCAGGUGUUGGUAAAUCCAAUCUACUCUCAAGGUUCACCAAGAACGAGUUCAAUCUCGAGUCUAAGUCCACCAUUGGGGUUGAGUUCGCUACAAGAACUUUAAAUGUUGAUGGGAAAGUAAUCAAAGCUCAGAUUUGGGACACUGCUGGUCAAGAAAGGUAUCGGGCCAUUACUAGCGCUUACUACCGUGGGGCGGUGGGAGCACUCCUCGUGUAUGAUGUCACUCGUCAUGCAACCUUCGAGAAUGUUGAUAGAUGGUUGAAAGAAUUGAGGAACCACACAGAUUCCAACAUCGUUGUAAUGCUCGUGGGAAACAAAUCAGAUCUUCGCCACCUAGUAGCCGUAUCAACAGAAGAUGGGAAAUCAUACGCCGAGAAAGAGUCACUCUACUUCAUGGAAACUUCAGCACUGGAAGCAACCAAUGUCGAAAAUGCAUUCGCUGAAGUCUUGACUCAAAUCUACCACAUUGUGAGCAAGAAGGCGGUCGAGGGAGGAGAAAAUGGAACAGACGCCGCUGUUCCCGGGAAAGGAGAGAAAAUCAAUAUAAAAGAUGAUGUUUCUGCUUUGAAGAGAGUUGGGUGUUGUUCAAGCUAGGCUUUUGUGGAGAGAAAGAGAACAAACAACAACAACAACAACUCUUCAAAGACUUUGAAUUUAAUCAGUUCUUCUUAGUUACUACUUUAUUAUUGUGUUCAGUACAAUAUUUCAGAGAGGAGAAUAUUAUUUAGUUUUAAGAGAUGAAAAACCAUAAAGGCAAAGUUUCUAGAGAUAUUGAUCCAUUAUACAGGAUUGUAUCAUUAAGAAGAAAAAGCAUAAUAUUUACAUUAAAA